CGCCUACACGGCGGCAGCUUCUCUACAGCGUGUAUAUAUAGAGGUCUGGAGUCGAGGCUCGAGAUAAGAGUCGAAGCCGCACUUCGUCUGUCUUGAAGAGAAAGUUCGAGCAUUGCCUCUGAUCGAGAAGGAGAGAACGAUCGCUUGUGCGUCGACGUUUUAGUGUAUAUCUUACUCAAUGGAUUCGAUCACCAACUCUGGCUGUGGAGGGAAGAACUCCACUGAGUGUUGCGGGUCUUCUUGCUGCGGUGAUCCAUGCAACUGCGGCGAGAAUUGCCAGUGCGCCAAGACUGCUUCUGGCGGAGUAACCACUGGAGGAGCCAGCGCGACAUCUGGAGGGUUUUGCAAGUGUGGAGAUAACUGCGAAUGUACCAUCUGCUCUUGCAGCAAAGUGAACGAGCAGGGUGGUGGUUAUUGCAAGUGCGGUAAUAACUGCAAAUGCGAUCCUUGUGACUGUACCAAGAGCAGCGUCUAAGGCAAGCAGUGGACAAGCAACGGAGUGAAGAAUGUAUAAACACUGUAUAUAGUCAUUUACCUUUUAGCUUACGGAUGCGGAGCCAGCGGGGAUUGAAGCUGUCGCCAUUGGUUCCGAGAAACUCAGUGUUUACGGUUUGAGGAACAAAUGUAUCCACGAGCUGCACUUAGUCCACUGGCAGGUCAUGAGUUCAACGUUUUGUUGAACAGUCACAACCAGUUCAUCUAAAUUCAAGAUUUUAUUUAUGCGGCAAUGCUCAGCUUCAUGAUGUGGUGGUAGAAUAGUGGAUGAAACGCAGGAACUUCCAUUUAACCAUCUCCCCUGAUUACAUUAUCAUAUUUCAAAUCGUCUUGAGUUUUGAUGACUUUUGAUGUUUUGAGUUCC